CAUCUCAUCACACGAAGCAUUUGCCAAAAAAAAAAACGUAUUAUCAAAAGAAAGAGAUCCGACGAGAGAAAAACCAUGGCGAGGUCUGGCUUUCUGGUAUUCUGCCUCGUCUCUUCCCUCCUCAUCAUCGGAGCGAUGUCGUCGGUCAGGCUGAGCCUGAGCGACACUCCAUGGCAGCCUAUAAGGAACUUGAAAGACGAGCAUAUUCUCGAGAUUGCAGAGUUUGCGGUGAAGUACAUCAACAAGGAAAACGGCUCCGGAGCUCAAGCGGUGCUGGCGAGCCUGGACAAAGCUGCGCUGCUACCGGAUUGCGAUGGCUUUCUGUACCGUGUCGCGGUGACGCUAGCUGAAGAGCAAACCACUGAAUCUUACGAGGCGGUCAUCUCUGAGAAGCCUGGGAAUAAGUUUCUUGGAAUUUCGAACACGGUUUUGCCACAGUGAAAACUCAUAAUCAAAUCUGCGUGUGGAUGUAAUAUGACAUAAUAAAACCAAUCAGUUUGUGGUUCGAGGAAAAAUUCAAACAAUAUUCUUUAUAUAAUCUAAAUUUUUGACAUAGAAUGUCGAUGUUAAUUGGAGCUUCUUUGUUUGGUUGUGUGUAAAAUCGAUAGAAAUGAGCUUGAGUACUAAGAAAUAAUUAAAAUAUUU